AUGCACUUCCCACCAUGGAAACUGAUCAGCAUAUUGGCCAUUUUCGGGAUGCCUUUGAGCAUUAAUCUGAUAAUAACGGACGAGAUGGUCGAGGGAGGCAUGUGUCUGGACUUUAGGAUCUCCAUAAUCAACAUAAUAGUAGGAAGAUGUUCCUACCUUCCGUCGUCGUAUUGGGUAAUGUCUGAAGGAGCCAUUAGCAGUCCUGUAAACAACGAUCAAUGGUAGUUCCUGCUCCAGAUCAUCCAGGAGUGGUCGGUGAGCCAACUGGUGAUAAACGCGGAAAUCUGAGCGCUUUGUAACCUGUUCUUCGGCUUUCGCGAAGUUGCAUACACCGAUGUAUACACUCUUUGCCAAUCCAGUCAGUGA